AUGGAAUCUUCUUCGACCUCUACUUGUGUUACAUAUUAUCGACCUUAUCACUACUGUUUCCAGCUCUGUAGACCUCUGCAACUGUAAUUAUCGGUUAGCAAAAAUAUCCCUACAGAAAAUAUAUUGCGGACAUAUUUUACUUUUUAUUUACCACCUAAUUUUUUAAGAUAUCUUACCUGGGUUCAACAGAAAUAAUAGACUGGUAUAAACCUAGCCAAUAUGUAAUUUUUUUUACCGAAUAUUAAGUGAUAUAUAUCUAAAAAUUUGCACUUUUUUAUACUGAAAGCCAAACAAACGCGCCUAGUGGGGUUAAAGGUGACGUCGCGGGCGCACAUUGCCGCUAGCAGGAUGUCAGACGGCUUCCUCAUGGAAGUGUGUGUAGACUGUGUGGAGUCAGCCAUUAAUGCUGAAAGAGGAGGAGCGGGUCGCAUUGAACUUUGCUCCAGUCUACUAGAGGGAGGAAUAACACCUAGUGUUGGACUGUUGCAGGUGGUGAAGCAGUAUGUCCGUAUCCCUGUUUACGCUAUGAUCCGACCCCGUGGAGGAGACUUCCUGUAUUCAGACCGUGAGGUCGAGGUGAUGAGGAAGGAUAUUGAGAUGAUGAAGAACCACGGGGCGGAUGGACUGGUGCUUGGAGCCCUGACUGAGGAUGGGAGGGUCGAUGCGGAGCUCUGCAUGGAGUUGUUAGCGGCCAGCCGUCCUCUGCCUGCCACAUUUCACAGAGCCUUCGACAUGGUCCAUGAUCCUGUCGUUGCCUUGGAAACGCUAAUCUCGCUAGGCUUCGAACGAGUGCUGACUAGCGGCCUGGACAGCUCUGUGCUGGAGGGUCUUCCUCUCAUCAAGAGGCUAGUGGAACAGGCCAAAGGAAGAAUAGUCAUCAUGCCCGGAGGAGGCAUUACUGAGCGUAAUCUGCAAAGGAUUCUAGAAGGUUCUGGAGCUCAGGAAUUCCACUCCUCUGCUAGGUCUGGUAAGGAAUCAGCCAUGAAGUUCAGGAAUUCCAGUGUGAACAUGGGAGCUGCUCUAUCUGUGCCGGAGUAUUCCAUAAAAGUGGCUGAUGUGACCAAAGUCCGCACACUGAAUGCCAUCGCUAAGAACACUCUUUAGGGUGCUGCGGGCCGGUCCCCCCUGCACCCUCUGGAAGCGGGUUCUGUCCUUAAGGAGAACGAGGAUGGAGAAGGAGUGUCAUGCAAAUCAACAGUGAGAUGAUGUCUUAGGGGGAUGAAAAAGCACACCAAUAAAACUUGAAAUACCUGUGAAACCCUGAUAUGGGUAGAUAUGGCAGAAGACAUGUUUAAAAAUCAAUAUCGGGAAAAUAAUGUUUACAGGAUGGUGAGGUUGUAUAAAAACCCAUGUCCGAGCUAGACAUGACAUGCGCAUUAGAGGCGAUUCCUCUACUUUCACACGAUUUGACCAUGUUCUACAAGAUGGUAUACAUAUUUUAUCAUGACCUGGUAGAAAUUAUAGAUGAUCUAAAACUACCUUGACAAGUCAGGUAGCUCGUAUAUCACAGAGAGAUAGACUCUGAAUAGAAUAUUACACGAGUGAAAUAAAUGUCAGUAACGCAUCUUCCCCAAGAUCAGUAUCUAUUUAAUAAAUCGGAACCUUUGGCCUCAGUGAGUCUGUGCCCUGUGCUGUCACUUUAGUCCUCUAUCCUUUCCUGAGCUUUGAUGUAAGAAGUAAAAUGUUUGUUUUUGGAGGCUUUUUUUCUUUUCCCUCAUUUGGAAUGAUUUAGAUUUGUUUGCUUAGCUCAUGCUGAGUUUGGGGAACCGCUGCUGAAGUGUGGGGCAUGGACACGACGCCUGAAUCCAGCUGUGUCAUUGAGUUACCUUUCACUCACAAGCUCGUCCACGGAAAGCCCCCAUCUACAGUACUACACUGGUGAUUCACAGUGGUAUUAGAGGUGUGGGCCAGGGGAUAUUUCUUGAUUACCUCGUCGCUCAACUCUGUACCUAUUUGUUUUUAUCAGUGGAUAGUCUGUUAGCCACUCCCUACUGAUAUUGUGCUAAUGGCCCUCAGGGCUAAUUGGCACAGCAGC